GUAAGCCCAUAAAUCAAAACGACAUUAUAUUGAAGGGUGGGUUAGGGUUUCUCUGAGCAUCAGCUGCAGCACCACCGGAGCGGCGACGCCAUUAUUGUCAUCAAACUUUGGUCAUGGUUCUCAAGACUGAGCUUUGCCGUUUUAGCGGUGCCAAGAUUUACCCUGGCAAGGGUAUCAGAUUUAUUCGAUCCGAUUCUCAGGUUUUCCUCUUUGCCAAUUCUAAAUGCAAGAGAUACUUCCACAAUCGUUUGAAGCCAUCGAAGCUUACCUGGACAGCCAUGUAUAGGAAGCAACACAAGAAGGACAUAGCGGCUGAGUCUGUUAAGAAGAAGCGCAGAACUGCCAAGAAGCCAUACUCAAGGUCUAUAGUUGGUACUACAUUGGAGAUCAUCCAGAAAAAGAGAGCUGAGAAGCCAGAGGUUCGAGAUGCUGCUCGUGAAGCUGCUUUGCGUGAGAUCAAGGAGAGAAUCAAGAAAACCAAGGAUGAAAAGAAGGCCAAGAAAGCUGAGGUGGCCUCUAAGACAAAGACCCAGGGCAAGGGUAAUAUGUCUAAAGGCGCUGCAUCAAAGGGUCCCAAGCUUGGCGGUGGUGGUGGAAAGCGAUAAUUUCAUAUAGCCUCGUAUUUUUAUGAACCGAAAGUUUUGUUUACUCCAUUUCAUGUAUGGUUACCUUUUUUUAAUGUUCUUGUACUCCAACCUUGUUUUACAAAUGUUUCCAAGAUUUAGUGUUUGAAUUUUAACUCUAUUUAUUUCAAAGGAUUUUGAAGGCAUUUGUUUUGGACAAAUAGCAUAAUCAUUCUUUUGCUUCA